GAACGCGAACACCUUCGCGUCUGGAACGUAAACGGUGGCUUCCUCACUACCCCAAAGUGAUCUGUCGAUUGGAGAUAUCCAGCGUACGAUGCCAACGACGGUUUUCAAGAAACAAUCUCCCAAUGGUCAAAUAACCUUAUAUCUGAGCAGCAGGGAAUUUGUUUACGACCAUGGAAAGGUGACUCCUAUCGAUGGUGUUGUCUAUAUAGAUCCACUUUAUCUGAAAGAUCGAAAGGUCUACGCCAUAGUUGUUCUAGUCUUUCGUUAUGGAAGGGAAGACGAAGAAGUAAUGGGAUUAAAAUUUUAUACCGAAGCAGUUUUAGAUUUUAAGCAGGUGUAUCCGUGCGAAACUCCCUCAGAAGAAGACUUGAGCGUAUUACAGAGUAACCUUAUCAGGAAACUGGGAAAGGAUGCUUAUCCUUUGACCUUGAGGAUAUCGUCCCACGCACCUCCUUCUGUUAGAUUACAACCCGCUCGACCUUAUAAUGGAAGUCCUUUGGGAGUCACUUACGAUCUGAAAGUGUUUGUUGGUGAAAGACCCGAAGAAAAACCACACAAAAGAAGCAGUGUGCGUAUAACUCUUCGUUGCAUGCAAUACGUUGCACCCGAAACUCUACUUUCGACCGCUUCCCCCUGUGCUUCAGUCAGCAAAACUUUUAUCUUCAGUCCAGGAAGAUUAGAAAUCGAAGUAUUGUUGGACAGAGAGAUUUAUCAUCACGACGACGUCAUGCAUAUUCACGUCACUGUUAAUAAUAACAGCAACAAGACGGUUCACAAAGUUAAAGUAUACGCAUUGCAACACGUUAACGUUUGCAUGUUUACCAAUGGGAGGUUCAAGAAUCUGAUCGGAAGCACGGAAACCGAAGAUAAGCAUCCGAUACCACCAGGGGCCAGUAUAUCACGUGAUUUCAACAUAAAGCCCAUGAGUUGUUUAAAAUAUCCGGUAGCUUUAGCGCUGGAAGGUAGCUUUCACGAAGAAAGUAAGUUUCUGGCAUCUUCAACACUAUUGGUGGAUCCGAAAGACAAGAACCCGUACGGUGUCAUCGUGUCUUACGAAGUCAAAGUCAAAGCAAUCUUAGGAUGCAUGGACAAACCGAUAACUAUACAUCUUCCUUUUAAGCUUUUACAUCCCGUUCCCGCGGAAGGAUCCAUGGAGCAAUGCGAUGGAACUUGCAAAAUGACAAGAUCCUUCACGACCGACCUCUUAGAAUCCGAAGAUUCCGUUUGUGGUGACGUGGCACAAUUGGUGAUGAUAAGUGCAUAGCCGGAUGAUUGUGCGCUAUACUUCACUUAAUGAAAAAUAAUUGCCUUUAUUAGAUUAAAAAGUUAAUUAGAUUAACCAAAAAAUUAUAUUUGAAAAAUCUUGUACAUGGAAAAAAGAGGAAAAUUUCAUUUCUAAUACGAAACGUAAAUUGGGUAUUAUUGUUGAUAUAUAAAACAUAAAAAUGAAUACAAUUGAUAUACAAAAAAAUAUAUACAGUUGAACCUCCGACAGCGGCCACCUGUAAAUGGCGACCGUUUUUACAGGAACGUUUC